AUGUUGUUCUCCGAUGACGAUCCACCAGUUAUCGAUGUCCGCCAGCAGUCCGGCCCACCAAGACCAGUAGAUGUUUUAGGGAACAAUGAUCCUCUGUCCAAUCCGUUGGAGCCAACGCAGGAGGUGGAUCUGGACGGGCCUACUACCCCGGUGAAUCCGAUGGUAACAUCGACAAGGCCGGCCAUUGGGAGUCAAAAGAAAUAUGGAGAAAGAUAUGGCCAGCAAAGACAAGAUUCAGAUGUCGCGGAGAACGAUUAUCGAACUGUAAGUUGGUUUAUGUUAUUUUUUCUUGGUUUUUAGGCAGCUCCAAUGAAGAGUCAUCCUUUGCACGUUAAAAUAACCUCUCCUUCCAAGAAUUUCCCUUUAUGCUUUCAUGGGUAAUAUAACAUACCAAAAGUUUUCGAACCUCCACCCGAUUUCACCCCUUUAAAAUUUCAGCAUCGCACGGAAGAGGUGUCCUACGACUCCGAAGCUUGCAAUGCCAUUCAAGUCGACAUUUCUGAUGCACUUUCCGAGCGGGACAAGGUAAAGUACACGGUCCACACAAAAACGACUCUUACCGCCUUUGCGAAGCCCGAAAUGUCAGUCGUCAGAGAGCAUGAGGAAUUUGUCUGGCUUCAUACUUGUUUGGAAGACUGCGAGGAAUACGCUGGAUUUAUUGUGAGUGAAGUUUCGGAGAGAAAUAAUGUGAUACUUGGGACUUUUAGUUUGGACAUCGAAUUUUUGCAUUUUUAUAGUUUUGAUGAGGAUAAAAUGAGAUUCUUUAGAUCCCACCAGCCCCACCACGUCCAGAUUUCGAUGCUUCCAGAGAGAAACUUCAGAAAUUGGGAGAAGGAGAGGCCACCAUGACCAAGGAAGAGUUCCAAAAGAUGAAACAAGAACUGGAACAGUAAGUUUCUUACUUCCAUUGGAAGAUUAUGCUUGUUUCUGUUUUUAGAGAGUACUUGGCGUCCUUCAAGAAGACUGUCGCGAUGCAUGAGGUGUUUUUGUGUCGGUUAGCGGCUCAUCCAGUUUUCUCGAGAGAUCCGAAUUUCCGAGUCUUCCUGGAGUACGAAAACGACUUGUCUGUCCGUGGGCGAAACAAAAAGGAGACCGUGACCAAUCUGUUCAAAAGAUUCUCGCAGUCUGCUGAUGAGGUUCUUCUUUCAGGACAGGUAGGUCAAGUGUAAUAUAAAAAAUUUGCCGACGUUAUUUUUUUGGGGCGUUGAAUUAAAAUGGGGCCGGUUUUUUAUGUGUGCUGGUAAAAGGACGGUUAUUUGGAAGGAAAAAUGUUGUUGUAGAAGACGACUAAUAUCAUGGAUAAUAUAUUUUUUUGCCCAAAAUGGCUGUAAGAUGACAGAUUAUGUGGUGUGUUGGCCAAAACAAUGAUUUCGAAAAAAUGCCCUUGAGUGGUGUCAUGUUUUCGAAACGAAACUCAAUCAUCCAAAGAGCCCCUUUGGUUGUUUUUUUUUUCACGACAAGCUUGAACUUGAUCAUGCCUAUCAAAAAUAGCGACAUAAAUAACCCAGUUUUUCGAAGCCGGUGUAAUGUGUUUUUUCGGAGUUUGGGUUUUUAUAUAAGAAGUUGAAGAAUUGAAAAUAAUUGUUGAUGAAAUGUAGGAGCAAUGUAAAAUUAGACCUCAAUAACGCGUAAUGGAGUGAGAAAUUUUGUUUUCUAAAGAGACGAUACGUCAUGGUUAGGAGGGAAUUUGUUUUGAAAUGACCUCCAAAGAUUUCCCAAAUGAGUUGUAUUGGAGUAAAUUUAUUUUACAGAGGCUAUGUUGUAGGUUUUUUGAUGGGUAAAUAGCCGUAAAGUUGCCUCGAACGAAGAUUAUAAGCGGCUUAGCAGAUUUUCGACAACGUGAAGAAUCGAGUUCUUCAUGAAGGGUUAUUUUUAUUCCGGGGAAAAAGUGGGAAAAUUUUGGAGAUGAACGGAUUUUAAUGGAAUUUUUUGGAAAAUAUGGGCGUUUUGGGCAAAAAAUUGGACAAUUAUGAUGUAAUGUAAACUUUGGAAGGGCUAAAAAUUGAUUUACAUCUUUUUAAAAACAGAAUUUUAGAGGCUUUUUGCUGAAAUUUUGAUUUUUCCCCGGUUUUUUGGAUGUUUUCCGAAAAUAACCUUUGAUUUCUCUCCGAGUAUACCUCCAAAUACGUUUGCAAUGAAGUUUACUCCGAGCACAGGUCAUCACCUUUCUCCCUAAGGACCGCCGAGAAUAGGCGGUGACACGGAAAUGCCCGUUUUUCUCUCCAUUCCCGCCCCCAGGGUUCAAACCGCACCGGAUGUCCCUUUAAUUUAUUUGAUUUUUCGCCGAUUGUGGCCGCCUUUUCCCAAUCCCAGUGAUCUUUGGAAGAUUUUUUAGAGGGUUUUGGAAAAGGACUUUUGAAAAGAAGUGCGUCUUUUUGCUUUGGGAAACGGAGCAAGGAACUGUUUCAGACAAAAUAAAAUGAUUUUGUAAGGAUUUUGGAGACGAAAAAAGUUGGGAGAAGGGAAGAAAGGCGGGGAAGGAAGCGAUAAUUUGCCGUAAAAUACGGUGCAGGUUGGAUGGAGACAUGUUUAAGGUUGUUCGGUGUAGAAAGAAUGAUGGAUUUUUAAUUGAUUUGUAAUAAAAAAGUCGUCAUUCCUUUUACCCGAUAAUUAUAGCGAUGAGAAACCAGUUAACGGCUGAUUUGUGUUAAAUACGGCGUUGUUUUUGUUGUAAUUGGAUGUUUUGUACAUCUGGCGUUCACUGUUGACUUGUUACGAAAGGAAUGACGAAUAUUCAAGCGAAUGUAGUUUGAAUAUUCGUCAUUCCUUUUGUCAAGCUCAACAUCUAUCCUUGAAACUCUUGAAAACCACGUUAUUAUGACCUCUGUAAGUCGAGGGACUAACAGGCGUUAUCCUAACGUGGUUUGAAGGACGUCUUCUUGAAUUGUGAUCAGAACUUUGAGUUGGGAAUUUCGAACUCUUCGGUUUUCCCAUACUUUUGAGCUCUUAUAGGGAACUUUGUCGGUUUUUCAUGUUGCUUAUGCAUAACAAUUGAGUGGUCGAUUUUGUUAUGGGAAUUUUUGAGUUUGCUUCUUCUUGAUGGGAAAUCGAAGUGACGUGACUUUUAUAUUUUGUGUUGGCUGUAUGCAUCUUGAAGUAUAAGGAAGCUGUCUGUAAGGAAGGUGUGUCUGGUCGUGUUGAAAGCUCUUCUAGCAGAAGGACAGCCAUUAUGAUGCAUUGUCCAGGAUUGGUUUUUGUUGUCAUUGUAAAUUCCUUGUCUGGUUUUGUUGAAAUGCUUGCUCCUUGAACUGUUUAUAGCGUCGUGUCGCUUCAACGGAAUGCUUUUUUUGUAAUGGAUUUUUCCGAUCAUAGAUCACAACGUCAAGCGUGAAAUCCUUUUUUAUAUUGUCGUUAAUGCUGGCUUUUGUUGUCUUUGGAGAUUCCGCUCGAGGUCUAGUCACAAUCAGGAACUCGGCCCGAAAGGCACGGAGAACGUGAGAAUAUAAAUAAUUUGUUUUGGGACAGGCGUUGAAAAAACGAGAAUUUUUGGACUCUAAAUUAUUAAGCGUGUAAAAAGUGGUCUCAACGGAAGAAAAGCAAUGGAAAGUCCAAAAAUUUGCUCUCAUCCUUUGAAUUUUUUGAUUCGGCUAUUUUAAGAAUCCAUAUAAUGAUUAUGUUUACUAUAACGUCACGAGACGCUCUCUGUCGAAUGAUGUUUGCGGCUUUUUUGCGAUCACGACCGUUUUCGGAACGCUUUUUAUCCUCGAUUUAUCUUUUGGAUUGUGAUUCAUUCCGCAUGAUGUUUGAUUUUUCCGAAUGACCGGCCAUUCUGACGUCGGGGUUUUUUGGGCGCUAUUACAAAGAUUAAAGUCUUAUGACGUUCUAAUUGGAUUAUUCGGUAAGCUGUAAUUUGAAGUCCUUUGGGCGUAAAUUUACUUAUGAAAUUGAGCGCACAGAAGGUGUAUUUAGAAUGGAAUUUUCAGAGUUUCUAAACUUUGGUCCUUAAUGUUGGCAAUACUUUUUUUUGACUGUUUUGUCUUCAAAUUUUGCCGGAAUCUGUAUUCGUCUUUGUAGAAAAAUUACUGUCCUCCACUUCUUCCUUGGGCGUGGUCUUCAAAUUUCAAGCUCGAAGUCGGUAACCUUUCUCGUCAAUAAAGUUGUCGGAAUAGAAAAUUGUUUUGUCUCCAGAUGUAGGAAUGGAAAGUACCAUGUGCAAAUAAUAAGUUGCCAGAGCCCUUCUUCCACUGAACACUUAGACACCCGUAUUCCUUGUGUGAAUUGGGGGUAAACAGUAAAAGGGACGACGGUCUCGUUGAAGAAAACGAACCCCAAAUGUCCUCUCCGUUGGGUUUUUUUUCGCGAUUUCCCGAUCACCCGCUGACGCAAUGAGACGAACCCGGGUGACGCUAUUUUUGGGAUCCGUUUUCCGAGUUUUCGAUUGCCAUAAGGGGUCAAUUAGUGGCUGCUGGGCAUGACGUGGGCUCGGUUGAUCGAGGUCACACGCCUCAGUGGUCUAUAUAUAAGGCGGCUGUGAGUGGUGUUGAAAUGGUUUGAUUGAGACUGUUUCAAAGAGUGACGUUUGAAUGGAUUUGUUUUGCUUCGGAAAAGUCGUUUAUUAGUGAUGCUUAUUUUGAAAUGUUUUUGUCAAAUUCAUCAAAAUUUCGUCCGGUUUUUAUUGUUUUCUCAAUUGCUUACCGCCAUGAAAUCUUUUCCCCCAUGCUUUAUUCCCCAAACCAUGUGAUUUGCUCUGUGAUUUGGGAAUUUGGCUGGAAUUUAUUAUCAUGACGUUGUUUUUUGACUUUAAACUGAAAGGUUAUGAGCGACGGUUUUGUUUUUACCAAUGAUUAGAGAAUGGUUAUUUGAAAUCUGGAGGAGCUCGUUGUACAGUGGGGGACCUGAUCCAGUGGCAAAAAACGUACCAUUUUUCAUCCGGGAAGUAUCAAAAAUGUGGCAAAAUGCUUCCCUCUCCAAGUGAAAAAACUCAGAUUUCAAAAGCGCGCACGCUCCUUUGUGAGGGAAAGAGCGCGCCCUUCAAAACGAAGUUUUUUCACAUGGAGAGGGAAGCGUUUUUCCACAUUUUUGAUGCUUCCCGGAUGCGGAAUGGUACGUUUUUUGCCGCUGGACAGGUCCCUCACUGUAUGGGAAGAUUUGAGAUAAAACUUUUUUGCUGUCAUAGGCGCUAAUAAUGGGAAGCUAAAACAAAAAGCUAGAGUUUGAUCAAAUUAUAAAGGAAAAUUCAUGAGAAGCCCAUUGAAAUGAAUUCGGCAAUUGCAAAAACCAUGUGAUUUGAGCAACGUCACGCCGUGAUGUAUCAUAAUCACGAUGCUGGAACAUGAAUAAUAUCAAAUGCAGCUGAUUUUUAUUGUCUUUUCAGAGGGAUGUGGACGAAUUCUUCGACCGCGAACGAAAUUACUUAUUGGAGUAUCACACUCAUGUCCGGGAAGCCACGCAUAAAGCGGAUAAGAGCUGUAAACUGAGGAAAAGUAAGGAUUUUGAGCUUUUUUGAGAGGAAAUGCGAAUUUUGUGAAUUUUUUGGAUAAAACUCGAUUUUUUGACGUGUUUUUUUAUGAGUUUUGGGAUUUCGUUGACAGUAACAGGCCUUGUUGAUUGUAGAUGUUGCCGAUUCGUACGCAAAACUGGCCAAUCAGCUGGAAAAAUACGGCAGUUUGGAAGCCGCGAAUGGUGAUAAGGAGUUUGGAUACUUUUUGAGCCGUAUUACGGACAUGCUGGAACGCCUGAAGAAACUGGAAGCUAGAGUGGGAACGGAUGAAGAACUGAAGCUAGCGGACACCCUUAGAUAUUUCAUGAGAGAAUCUCAAGCUGGAAAGGUAAAGAUUUGAACUUUUUGUCUAGUGUAAUAUAAUUUUUGGAAAAUACUCCCCGAAAUUUGGGGUUACUAUUGAUUACUGUGACUUCAGGACCUCCUUUAUCGCCGACUCCGCUGCCUCGCGAAUUACGAAGCCGCCAACAAGAAUCUGGAAAGGGCCCGGGGCAAGAACAAGGACAUUGUCAGAGCCGAAGCCGAACAAACCGAAGCCAACAAGAAGUUUGACGCAAUCACAACGCAAGCGAAAAAAGAGUUGGUGGAUUUGAAGAAAAGGCGCGUGGAUGCGUUCAAGAAGAAUCUCAAUGAUCUGGCUGAACUCGAAGUGAAGCAUUCCAAGGUAAGGACCAGAAGAAAAGAUUAGUAAAAAUGGCAGACUGCGCCCUGGAAAAGAGUUGGAGACAAUUUAGAUAGGCCUAAAAAGGCGUUUAGUAGCUUUUGGGGGAACGUUUUGUUUUCGGACUUAUAUAGUUUUAGCGAUUUUUGAGAAUGGCGAGCUGCGCCCGAGGAUAAAUUUAAAUUUGACAGAUUGCGCCUUAGAAUGGGGAUGAAAAGGUAAGUUUAGAGCUGGAAAGAUGCUGGGGAGGUUUAUACAUUCGAUUUUUUGCGAUUUUUGGGUAGUUUGUUUCCGCGAGCUGCGCCCGGUAAAGAAUCAAAAAUCACUGAAAAGCGCUGAAUUUCGUAAACUCUUUGCUAAAAUAGGUCAUAAUACGCCUGAUUGCUCGACCAACAGCCCGUAACAAGUUUAUUGGACGAACUUGUGACACUUUUACUAUUAAAUUUUGAGCGGGGUUUUCGUUUUAAAAAAAGUUUUUUUUCUAGAGGGCACAAGAAAAAAGCGUGAAAUUGAUAUGAUUUUUAUCGGCUCAUUGAGAGCGGUUCUCUCGAAACGCGUUUUGGACUACACUCCCGAACCCCGUCAUAGUAUAGCCGGAGGGGAUUUGCGUUAAGUUUAGACUAUUCGGAAUUGGAAAAUUUAUUCAAAGCGCACCCCGACGUGAGCCGUUUUUCCGCGAUCAUGGGAUUGAUAACACUGAUGGGCUGGCCGCUACGGUUGGGCUUAUCGGAAAUUUCCCAGGAAUUUUCAAAAAUUAUUUGGCAAUGGGGAGAAUUUAUCAGUUUUGAGGGAAAUUUAUAAGCGGAAACGGGGGAAUUGAUUGGAAAAAUGAUAGUGAUUUGAUGCGAAAAGGGGUUAGGAAAGAAUACCAUGGCAGUAGAUGGCGGUAUACGGGAUUGGCCAUAAGUUUUGGACGUGGUUUUGGCCGAAAAGUCAGAAAAUUUGCUUUUUUUACAAGGAAAGUACUUCUACGGGGUAUGGAGUUACAGGUCGAGACAUGUAUCAAGAAAUUCGCAAAAUUUUUCUGAUUCAGAAUAUGUAAAAAUUAGCUGCCCAAUUUUGGUUUGUAAGGGCGAAAAAAUUCUCAGAACUUUUCUCGCAACACCACGCUGCCUUUUUGACCAAGUUUUUACCAAUUCUAAAGCUUUUUUGGAGCUAAAGUAAACCCUGGCAUCUCGACAAGCCUUAAAAAUAUCAAAUUUGAACUUUUUUUAUAUUGGAACCGCUAAUUAAAAUUAGCAGUUCCAAUAUAAAAAAGGGGCGUUUUUAAUCAAAUUUGAUAUUUUAAGGCUUGUCAAGAUGCCAGGGUUUACUUCAGCUCUAAACAAAGCGUUUGAUUUGGUAAAAACUUGGCCAAAAAGGCAUUUGCGUGGUGUUGCGAGAAAAGUUCUGAGGAUUUUUUCGCCCUCACAAACCAAAAUUGGCAGCUAGUUUUUACAUUUUCUGAAUCAGAAAAAUUUUGCGGUUUUUUGACAUAUGUCUCGGCCUGUAACUGCGUACCCCGUAAAAGUACUUCCCUUGUGAGCUAAAUUUGAUCAAAAACCGAUUCUCUUUGACGAUUUUGUGAAUAAAGAUGGUUUAUUGUGAUGUAAAAAAGGGAUUUACGACGUCUAAAGUGCAUUUUAUUAUGUUUCAGAACAAACUCUCACUGCUCCAAUCGAUGCUUUCCGCCCUAAAAGACGGCCAAUCGACCUAA